AUGAAAUACAAACAAGCUUCUUCUUCUUCUUCUUCAAAAAAUAUUUCGAUGUCAACACAAGCAGAAAAUAAGCCAGGAAUAAUAAAGAAAGUAUUUAAAUUUAUAGAUAAAUGGACAAGAGAAACCAGCGAUAUUAUACUUGUUCUUCUUUUCUCAAUUCAGAUCUUAUUUACAGAUGCAUUAACAAAAUAUGGUACAACAGCCGCCAUCUGGCUAAUAUAUUGGAUAUGGAGAAGAGACAACUGGCUUGUAUCAAUUUAUAACUUAAUUAUCUUCUAUUUCAUUGGAAACGACUAUUUCGAAUUAACAACACGUUGCUUUUUAUUCUAUUGUGCGUCAAACAUCGCAUUUUAUGUCAACAAAAAUACAAUAGCUGUUUUUUAUGAAUCAUUGCUGAUGUUUGUUUUUGUAUUUUACGGAAAUUGGGGAUACAGACAAAUCAGAGACACAGCUAUAACGUACGGCGUAUCAUUAUUCUUCCCAUUAUUCUUCGGCGAUAUACAAAACGACCUUCUUACAGUUCAUGUUCUUGCUCCAUAUGCAUCUGCAGCUGUUUUGCUAUAUUACGAAGAUUUUGUUCACGUUUUCCCAUUCUUGUUGAACUUCUUGACAUCGUUCAGAGAAUGGCCUACCGAAUAUCCUUCUUUUCACAAUACAAAACACUCAAGAAAUUUAAUUGUUGUAUUUGCAAUGAUUUUCGUAUCAUUUUACUACGAGUACAGACAAGGAGUCAUCCUUGAAUCAUACAACAUUACAUUUGAUUCAUUAUAUAUGGUUCCAAUUUUGAUUUCAUUAUUUGUUACUUAUUUAGCCCUUGUUUUCACAAACAAAGAAUAUUCCAAGCAAUACAGAUACGGAUUCUCCAAUACUUUGAACAUUUUCUCUUUGGUUGACUCAAUAUUUUUAAUUGUUGGAAUAGUUUUAUAUACAAUGGAUACAAUUAAGAAGGAAUGGUACUUGUCAUCUGUUGGAUCAGACAGAAACUCUUUUGUUCUUAUAAUUGUAAUAAUUAUUUUGAUUAUUUCGUAUUUCUUCAUUUUUGAAUGGCGUAAUCUCGAGAACAUACACAAGGUUAUUAGUUUCCAUAUCGAAAUCUUGAUUCUUUACCAUGUUGUUGAAUUAAUUUCUCAUUUUCUUGCUUUGUAUCUUGAUUUUUACUGGUUUGAGUUCUUUGCUAGAAUGGCCGCAGCUAUUUAUUCAUUCUACGCUGCAUUUCCGCACCUCAGGAACUCGAUUUCGGAACUUUUGUUUAAUCCAGCUGAUCAAUACGAGAAAUUCUAUAAAAUUAUCGAUGAACUCUGCCAUGUUAAGCAUCUUGAUGUUAGAUAUGGUUCAGGGAAAUGGAUUGUUGAAGCGAAAUGUCAACUUAAAGAAAGAAAGAUGAGAGUUGGUGUUCCUUCUAAAGUAUUCCACGAAACAUUUAGGAAGAUGGGCGUAGAUGCAACUAUUGAGAUAAUUGACGCUCCUCCUAAACCUCAAAUUGUAGUUUAA